CAGGCGCAAAACUGUCGUGAAGAUAAACUAACUAACAUCCAAAACGACUCGACCUUUGCUAGUUUAUGAAUAACAUUCCCUGAUUUGCUUACGAGUUUAAGAUUUUUAGUGUUGUUAUAAGAUGCUUGACGCAUCAGGAUUUUGCUGAAUACAUAAUGAAAAGGCUACGGUAAUUUCUUGCCACGUUUUGUAAAGGAUAAGAUAAGAAAGAGUACUGGCUUCAUGCAUUCACGUGCAUUAUGAGAAAACAAGAAAAAAUCUGUUAAGAAACAGUUGAUAUCCAUGCCAAUACCAGGACUUACUGUAGAGGUAAGUGACAUAUCUAUUUGAAGACUAGUAAGUCCUUGAAUUUUUUUUAGCUUUAAAAUUAGAGCGAAGGGAUAUCGACGUCUUCAGGCAGUUCCUAAUCGACAGGUCUUCGAUUAACUUGGUAUAUAUUUUCCUAGGAUGUGGAUGCAUAUUCCGAUGUAUCCAAUGGCUCUACAAUUUCUGUGGUAAGCUUAUUAAUUUUUAUUGUCAAGCAAAGUUAAAUGGGAAAUGAUUUACGUGUAAAAACAGAGCCGAGGUCAAUAAUAUUGAUCAAAUGAAUGCAAACCAUAACAAUACAAUAACACCUUAAUGUUAAUAUGGACCUCUAAUAAUAUACUGAACUAUGUGUAUACAAAUCAGCUGUGGCUCUAAGUAGACCAUUUUACAGUUGUGAGCUUAGUAUCCCAGCCUUUGAGUGAAUGUGAGGCUGAGGUUGACCUUAGCUUGUUUUGGUGCAAACCUCUGUCCUUUUCUUACAACAGUUAUGCUUAGAAAAAUUACCAGUUAGCAUAAGAACAACAUGAUUUACAUAAUAGAACGGUUUUCACUUGACUGUCGUAAAACCAAAACCAAAGUAAAUACACUAGCCAACCAAAGGGCGUAGUAAAACCAAAACCAAAACCAAAACCAAAACCAAUUACUUUCGACAGUCAAGUGAAAACCGCUCUACAACAGGAAGUGUUGUAUCAAAACACUUAUUUCAAGUACGGGUAAAACACUGAGGGAAAUAUAGAGAGAAUAAAGUGAGGUGUGCAUUAGGUAUGCACAAUUUAAUAUAAAAUAUGUACACCUCGAACUGUAAUAUGAACCCGGUUUCAAGAGUUUGCCUACAUUAAAACUUUAGAACUCAUGAGUUGGGCGAAGUCUUGUUUCUCAAGUGGUAUGGUUUUGAUAUCUCUUUAUAUCAAGUGCCGUAACAAAGGUGGGGCGCUAAUUUGUAAAUACCUAAAGUAGUACACGGUGCUUAUUCGAGAGUAAUGCUUAUUGAAUUAACGCUUAUUCAAGAGUAGUGCUAAGUCAAGUAGCAGCGCUUAAUCAAUCAUUUACGGUAUUGACUUUACAGUAACAUAAAUGCAAAGUGUAUUGGAUGGACAACACCUCUAUUCAUGGUACCUAAAACAGAGAUAUUACUGCCCCAAAAUAACCAGUCAUUUCCAAUACUGUCAUACUGAUCCAAGUUGAAAAAUACAUUUUCAGCAUGUCUGAUUGAACAGGUUGGGUCAUUGUGACAGGUUUGCAUCUUGUUAGGGAGACAUUUUAUUCACUCAAGGGGGCCACUGCUAAAAGUCAUACAAGUUGUACCAGUUGAGAAAGUUAUUGUAGACUCAACAGAACAACUUGCUGACUUAAAAAAAGCAUUGCAUUAGGGUCAAUCUGAUGAGUUAAUUAAUACAAGAAUGUUAGGCAAGUGAAAUACCUCAGUAUUCUUCAAGCCAUAAGGCUAACGAAACAAGCAUGCAAAAUGUCAUAAUUUUUAUACCUGAUUGUUAAAGCCAUGAGGCAAAAAAGCGUGCUACUCAUGUAAGUUACAGUGAACCUCGUUCUUUGACAAGCAUGUUAAACAUGUCAGAUACUUCUUUCUUUGAGCUAUGAAGCAAAACAAGCAUGCUACUUUAUAUGUAAUAAUAAUUUACAUAUAUUGGAUACCGUUAUGUUGUGGUUCAAUUUUAUCCUUGGUUUAAAUUUUAUUGUCCUUUGUUUUUGGGUAUGGUAAUGUAUGAUAAUGAGUUUGAAACUGAAAAUGAAAUUAUUUAAACCAAGGAUAAAACUGAACUACAACAGCUACACCUGGGUGUUGUUGGUACGUUAGACCAGGGUAGUAAUGUACUGCUUAAACUCUAAACACUUACCCUAUACUAUACAUGCCAAGGAUGAGUAAGCCUGCAUAGCUGGCAAGUUUUUUUGCUGUGAUUUUUGUUUUCAGUUCAUGUCUGGCCGUGAUGGGGGAGGGGACGAGGGAGAGAGAAAAAAAAUAAACAUAACAGAAAAACCACCAGCUAGGAAGUCUAAUGAUCAGUUGAAUAAUGAAAUGCUCUGUAAAGAUAAGAGACCAUAUAACCCCAUCUUCAGUAUUGUGGCACACCUUAAAGACUUACUUUUAUCUCUGAGCAUGGUUGAUAAGGUGGAAUGGUUACGAAGCACGAUAGACUUCUUUGUUAUAUGUUUUUGUUAGCUUUUUUAGACUCGGCUGUUCACAACGUUCAGUAGCACUCCUAUCACUUUGAACUUCCUAACCAAUAGAAACAUUGGAUUGUUCAUGGUCAGGGAGCUUCCAAUAUAAACUGCAGCAUCAUUGUUUUCAUCUUUGAUUUUUGCUGGCUUUCCUAACUAGUUUCUUCUUACUAACUGUACUCUGAGUAACAGAAAAUGCUUUAGUGUUUCAAGUUAUGUGUGUACAAAUCUAUCAUGUCGCAUGUACCCUGCACGUCUUAGUUUCAGACUUUUAAGCUUCCUAGGACUACCAGUAAAUGUUAGAGCACAACCUUGAUAAAGGAGGGCAAUUUUAUUUAACAAUCAAUAAUUGGCUGGAUAUGGUAGAUCGGCCAAAACUGUAGUUAUAUAAUGAUAAACUGAAAACCAUGGAGUAAAUCAUAGUCAAGUGGAAGAUGUAUCUAAUUAGAAUGGACUUAAACAAUUCCUUGCAUGACUGUUGUUGUUAGUGAGGGGCCCUGUAAUGUGUUGUCGAGUCAUGGGUGGACAAAUUAUUUUGUUGUGGAUGUUGUGGUUCAAUUUUAUGCUUGGUUUAAAUUUUAUUUUCCUUUGUUUCAAACUCAUUAUCAUACAUUACCAUACCCCAAAACAAAGGGAAAUAAAAUUUAAACCAAGGAUAAAAUUGAACCACAACAUAGCCACUUCUUUACUUUACUUUGGAGGGGUUCAUAGAGAACUGACAUCCUAUACACAUGUCACAAAAAUGACCAUUGUUUGUUUGUUUAUUUGUUUAUUUAGGGAAGCGCAGCCUCAGGCGGUAGUGGACACAUGCCAAGGCCCCCAACAGGUACAAAUACUUGUUAUCAUCAUAAAAAAUUAUUAACAUGAAAGAGUUAAAGUAUUUCCUCAAGUGGACAGUGCAUUAUAUUCAGUACUUAACUGCUACAUAUAACAGCCGAAGACUGUUCUCUAACAGAAAUUGGAGGGAGCCAAUAUACCAUAUUUCCUUGAAUAAUGGCCAUCCCUUGAUUAAUCAUCCCCCUCGAAUAAUCAUCCCCCUUUGAUGGAAACAUUUGGAAUCAUCGCCUCCCUCAAAUAAUUACCCCGCCCCCCCCUCUUGCUAUCUUCUCUUUCUUUUAUCCCCUCCCUGUACAUGUCAAGUUGAAGUGGAAAUAUUAUCUGAUUCAGCAAAACUGAUCACCGAUUAUUCAAACUCUGAGAAUAAUCAGGGAACCAAAUUUGGAACACUUAAAAAGUCAUGUUCAGUUUAUUUGAUGUGAUAAUUUUGUUUUUAUUUAAUGGUAUAAUAAAAGAAAAUAAAUUAAGGCACGACUUCCAGUGAUCAUAAGCAAUAUUUGAAAUAAUUGCCUUCCUUCGAAUAAUUACCGCAGGCUAUUAUUCAAGGAAAUACGGUAGCCCUGUGCUCUGAACCUGUGAAAUCCAGGGUGGCCAACAUAUGAUUUUUAUGAAAAAAGUUUAUUUUCUAGUCACCCAGGAGCAAAAGUAAAGUGACAGGCCAGGGCCACUGAGCACUGCUAGAGCACUGUCCUGAGCCAUGAUAUCAAAAUAAUACCCUAAGCUUGUAAUACCCUUAAAAGCAGCUAAGUUCUUAAUAAAUUAAUGUUACCCCAGAGUAAAAUAUUGUGUUCCUCCAAACAUAAAAGGUGGAAAUUCAUCCUUAUGCUUAGCUUAUACUUAACUAUUUUAAGUUUAGUGCUGCCUCCAAGAAAAUGUGACCCUUAGGGAAACAGAAUGAAUAAAUAUGUUGAAGACUACAAAAAUGUGUCACUGUUUUCAAAUAAAUGAAUUUCAGUUGGACUGUAAAAAAUAUCUGGUCGUAAAACACUUUAGGUUGUAUUCAAACUUAAUUGCAGGUAUGGCUCCUUAAACAUUAGACAUUUUAAGUUUUAUGCAAACUUAAUUUGCAGGUAUGGCUCCUUAACCAGCUGCUCUUUCUGAAAGUUAGGGGAGCUCACUACUUUGUUAAAGCUUUGUUUAUUGGUAAUUUGGGACAAACUGUUACUAACAAUUUCUGACACUUACACUGUAUUCUUUUUUAUAUUUUUUUGAAUGUACUUGUACACUAAGCUGGCUCAAGGAGAUCAAGGUCUGUGCAAGGCCGAAGAUCUAGAGUUGGUAAGAUUUAUCUUUCUGCUUUAAAGCACUCGCUCUGUUCAUGUUAGAGGCUAGAAAGAAUGUUGAAAAACAUGAUUGUUUCUCCUGGGUGUACCAGCUACAGGGGCAUGAGCUUCCACAAAGGUUUUAAUUUUCAUUGGUCAGGGUAUGUUUCGAGAGAACUUUUAUUUUUGGCUAAUGAGCACUGCAUAAAAAUAACUUUGAGAGCCUGAAAUAUCAUUAUUUUUAAUUUGCCUCUGUGUAAGAAACUAUGUCUGACUACUGCUUUCUGAGAGUGAGAAGAUGUGCAAUGCUAGUAAUGGAGAAAGCAUGUUGUAUAGACCAAUAAUUGGUCUAUACAACAUGCUUGAAAAUCAGCUGAAAAUCUUUAUUACACCAUACUUCUUCAAUUAUUGAAGAAGUAUGGUGUAAUAAAGAUUUUCAGCUGAUGGAAAGUGGGUCACAGUUAAAUUAAAGUUUGAAUUAACCUUUUCUGGUUUUCAUAAAAAAACAACAACAAAUAAACAAAGAAAAUUCUUAAUCAUAAUUAUUGUACUUGACUUUUAAAGUGGUUGUAAAAUAAUGUAAAUAUUGAUUUUAUUGUUAUGUACAUGUAGUUACAUUUAUUUUAGUGUGAUAUUUUUGUAUCUCACAUAAAUUUACAAUUAUUUUUAAUUUGCCUCUGUGUAAGAAACUAUGUCUGACUACUGCUUUCUGAGAGUGAGAAGAUGUGCAAUGCUAGUAAUGGAGAAAGCAUGUUGUAUAGACCAAUUGAAGAAGUAUGGUGUAAUAAAGAUUUUCAGCUGAUGGAAAGUGGGUCACAGUUAAAUUAAAGUUUGAAUUAACCUUUUCUGGUUUUCAUAAAAAAACGACAACAAAUAAACAAAGAAAACUCUUAAUCAUAAUUAUUGUACUUGACUUUUAAAGUGGUUGUAAAAUAAUGUAAAUAUUGAUUUUAUUGUUAUGUACAUGUAGUUACAUUUAUUUUAGUGUGAUAUUUUUGUAUCUCACAUAAAUUUACGUUUCUCUCUUAGCUUCCAUCUGUUAUUAAGUGUUACAUCUCUAGUAAAAGUAAAAACUCUUCCAUUAUUAGAGAGGUUAAGCAUCACAUUUAUGUCAAACCGCAAACGCGAAUUUGUACCACAUGACCAAGCUUCCUCUUUACUUGUCGAUUUCUGUUCAUUAUUCCUACACCUAAAUUAGUAGUUUCAAGCAAUUUUUCAUCCAUAAGAAUUGUUUGGAGCUGCUUUUAUCUGCUCAUUUUCUAUUUUGAGAAAUUCUCAACUUAAAUCUGCCGUUUGCCCUAUACAUGAAAAACUGAAAUCUCUAUUUAUUUUUUUCAAACAGCAAAGUCACCUUACUCCAGCUCUACACUCAAAGGCUCCUCAAAGCAUCAACCACCCAAGCCUGCUGCAAGAAACAUGUGGAUCACUGCAAUGAGAAAUGGAACAAGCAGUAUGUGAUGUUCUAAAUCUUUUAACAUGUCAACAUGGAAGUUUUUGCUAUCUUUCUUUCAGCACCUUUUUGGUGUUUAAGAGAAGUUGAUCAAAUAUCAAGACAGCCUGAUAAUAUAUAUGUAUCUGCCAACUUUGUUUGACUGAAAGUCAGGAGAUUUUUUCCUUCGCAAAGGCCAGUGUUUUCACAGAGGAACCGACCAUAUCCAAAAGUGCAUACAGAUUCCAAAGGUGUUUGGAAGAGAUGAAAAGCUUGCAAGAGAAUAAUUGUGUACCACAUUGACCAACUUCUAAAAUCAGAGAUUUCAGAGUAUGAUCAUUUACUUUAUUAUAUUUUAAUUCACUGUCGUAAAGUUUUUUCCUUACAUUUGUUCCAGUUUAUUGCAUUAAUUUUACACAGUUAUUUAUAAAAAAAGUGCAACUUAAGUAGGCUGUGAUAGCUCAAAUUUUUAAGCAAGGCAUGAGAAAUUUGUCCACAGGUGUGUGAGAGGGGUUGGGAUGAAAAUUAUCACUCUGUAGGUAACAUUAUGAGACUUACAUCUAAGUCAUGAGAAUUGGUUUGUAUAAGCUUAUCUCUGCUACAUAUAGGGUUCAUACAGAGUCUUGAAUUCUUUAAAAAGUCUUGAAAUUUGCCCAGCAAUUUUCCAGACCUUGAAAAAGUCGGGGAAAUGGUUAAAAGUCUUGAGUUUUUUUCAAAGCUACAUCAAGUACUUUAUACAUGUAAGUGAAUUUUGUUUUGUUUUCUCAAAUGUACACGUAUGUUUGCUUUGUGUCGUGAAAAAACGUUUUGUUCUUGCUUCUUUUAAGGUCUCUGUUAGUCACCUAUUUGAUAACCUCAAGUCUGGAAAAAGAAUUAUUAUUCUUUUGAAAAAAAGUCUUGAAUUUUGGAUUCAAAAAUCUGUACGAGCUCUGUACAUAAAGAUGUGACACUUUUUCCCAUUGACAAUGUAUCAAUUGUUUAGAUUGCAUUAUUUCAUGACAAUGCACUCCAAGUAUCAGUUGGCAUAGAGUAAUUUUAUAUUCAGAGCAAUUCAGUCCAGUUUUAAAAGUCAAGAUUCUUAAAUUCAACUUUGUUAAUCCCCUGGUUACCAGUACUUAACCCUAUUUCUGUAUGAUCUUCAUAUCAUCAACAUGACUAUCCAUCUCAAACAAUCUGUGGUGCAACAGUCCUAUUCAGGGCCCGGUUGUUCAAAGCUGGGCUCAGAUAACCCACGGUUAGUGGGAAAUUUGAAUUCAGAUAUGAAUGCCUAAACAGCAAAUUCAGUUGAAUUCUUUUUGUUUGCAAUUUGGUGAUUGGAUACUCUAAGAAGAAUAGAGAAAAUUAUACGAGAAAAUGUGUUAGAUAAAAAGAAAAAGAAACCCAGGUUAAAAUCUAACCCUGGGUUAGCACUAAUCCACCUUCGAGUAACUGGGCCCAGGACAACACUCAACAGCACAAUCACAUUCCAUCUACUUAUGAAAUGACUACUGGCUUCAAACCUUUCAGUGUAAUGUGUGGUACAUUUGAUGAGGUUGUGAUCACUACAUGUUUGUGGAAGAGGUUUUUUCCCUUCAAUAAGUGGAGUCAGCCCAGCACUGCCGGUGGUUUUCUUUAGUCUUCUGUAAUAGUUUAAGACCCCUUAGAUGUAUGUUUUUUCCUUAUUCGUUUUUUUUGUUUUCAUAAUUUCACUUUUAGCUCUUAGCACAGAAAACUCUUCCAUGAAUACUUGGUCUGGUACCAGGCCCUCUCAUAGCAGCAAACAGAUGAAGACUGGAAGUCGAGCAAGGCAUAUGAGUGAUUAUGUUUCAGUAAGUUGUAGAAGUCUGCAAACAGAUUUAAGUCAAUAUUAUCUGAAAGGAGUUAUUCUUCAGUGGUCAUUAGACUUUUUCAUGUUUUGGCCUAGGUAGUAGUUCUUCUUGUGCAUACAGCUGUACAAUCAGGUCCACAUGCAUGCCCCAACCAUGUUAUACAGGAGUGCUUACUAUUUGACAGAAAAAUCCAGUUGGGGUUUCGAGAGCAUAAUAGUAAGUGAUUUACCAGUUUAACGUAGAAAUGCCUCAUCCGUUACGGUUUGAAGAGAAAAAAAAGGGUGAACUCAUGUAGCAUGAGUCUGGAACCAAGAAGGGACCGAGAAAUUGGUUAAUGGCAUGGUAAUCAACAUUCUGUUUGGUUUGUAUCAACUGGAAUGCAAGGACUACCUCAAAACAUGCUCCUCAUUUUUCGGUUGUAAUUUCCGAAAAGUGGCCUCACCAUUUACCCUCCAUUCGAAAUUUCUGAAAUUUUCUGUCAAAUGGUAAGCACCCCAGGUGUAUGCAUGUACAGCUUAGUAAAACAGAGUCAGGUUAUUUGUGGUCAUUACCAUCAUUUUUGCUUAUUUUUUUUCUGGUCAUACAACAUAGAAACUCUUGUAUGACUGGUUUAUUUUUUACUCAUUCUCAAACAUGUAGCCUAAAAACAGUGGACAUUUGGCUAUGCCACCACAGGUUUCCUCAAUUCCAUAAUUACUGAUCAUGUUUCACUACCCAAAUCUUGUUUUAGUGCCUCUGAUUGGUUGAAAAGAUGCUUCAGCCAAUCAGAAGCACUACUAGCUGACAUGUCAUCAGUGUGGAAUUUCUGCUCUAGUCUCUCAGACAUCAUUUGCAGUUAAACCAGUGAUAGCAUCAUACAAUGUAGGCAGUUUUCUCAGACUAUCAAACAUGCUGUCUUGCUGUGAUCAUAGAUGUGUGACAUCUUAAAGUGCCACUUUCCUUCAGCUUAAUGGCUAAGUAAAUGUUUAUUCCUUUCAAUUUUGUUUUGGUUUCAGAUAAAAGACAUUAAAAAUAAGAGUCAUGUUAGAAGUGCAAGCAUGUCUGCAAGUAUGUUUUGUGUACAUAUUUUUAUAAUCUUUAUCUCUUUCAAUGUUAUUAUAUAAUGUAAAUGUAAAUGUCGCGAUUGAGAGGACAAACAUACAUGUCCUCUUUACAUAGCUUUCUGCAGUGGGCUCGGACAUCAGCAUACUAAGGGCGCCGAUGGCAGCCGCUAUCAGUCCAUUUAUGAGCACCACAGAGUUAUAUGUGAACAAGGUUUGUGAGAUGGGACCUCCGGUUUAUCGUCCUUAUCCGAGAAGACUUGAAAGUCUAAUCAUUUGCAGAUGUCAUUACAAAGACAGCACUUUCUCCUCAGUUAUUUUUUAAGACCCUGAGUGUUGGUCCGGCCAGGAUUCGAACUCGCGACCUCCCGCUCAGCAGACCGGCGCUCUCCCAACUGAGCUAACCGGGUGGCGGUUUUUCUUUAUACAAUCUUUUACUGUAUAUAAUAAGAGGGGUUCACAAGUCAUGUAACUACUUUGGUGGAAAUGUUCACAAAGAAAAACUAGAUGAAGCUCAGCUCUGCAGUUAUUAACCAACUUCACAUGAUUUUUAAACUAGUUGAUUCAACAAAGUAUAAUUGCAAUUCACAGUUUCACAACUUUUUAUCCUUGUUUUGUGUGGAGAGCCUAUGAAUUAUUUCAAGAUUAUUUAACAGUAUAAACAAAUAAAUUAUGCCAUCCAAGUGCUGAUUAGCAGUACAGCCACCGGUUAUAAUUUACUUUUUUUAAGUUGUAUUAUUCUUUCUCACUUCUUAUUUAAGGUGAACCUCAAUUGACAGGAGGAGGUCCUGCAUAUAAACCACAGGAAGACUACUAUGAUGAGAUCAUAGAGUUAAAGAAGGUUAGUGAGCUGUGAAAUGACAAUUUUGUGAAUACAAAUUAGGCCAUUUGCAAGUUCCAAAUCCCCUUGGUUUCAAAAUGAAGGUAAAAAAGUGCGUGACCUUACUUUAGGGUUUUAUGGGCCCUUAAAACUACAAUAUUACAAAUUAGUAUAAAUUUUUGCAAAUUUCUCUCUAUAUGUGUUUAGAUUAUAAAUGCCCUGAAGGAAGAGAACAAUGUUAUCAACACAAAACUUCGGAGAGUUGAAGGGGACAAUGUUUUAAAGGUAAGGGUGUACCAAAAGUAUGCAUCAUCAUUCAUCAUAAUUUAUAGACCAUGCAAACCCAUAAUCCCUUGACUUGCUCCAAUCCACAGAAGGGCUAGUGCUCAAGAUGUCAGCUGUUAAAUCUCUUUUUGGUGGCAAAUUUAAUAGUAAAAUAAGUUGUUAGAACUAACCAAGUGGACUAUUUUUACUAAAAAUUCUAACUCCAAGUUUACAAUCUUAAAUCACAAAGAUUUUGUGCUCAAGGUUUAAGUGGAAUAGUGGGUUUCUCAGUUUUGUUGAUUAUUACUUGUUUUCUGUUUUUUCUUAUCAGGAACGAAAACUUGAAGACCUAUUAAAUCAACGAAAGCAGGUAUGCACCAGAAGCCCAAUAAUACUAACAAUUGCAGGCGACAAGAGGAGUCUGCAAUCCUUAUCUCCAGGUUGUUAUUACGCAUGCGUCACAUUAUGUAGCCAGCAUUUGUUUGGACUUCUACUAAGAAUGAAUGAAAUGCACAGAACACAAUAUUUGGUGAUGCACAUCUCGACCUUCUGCCCCUCGUAAUCUGAUCAUGCAUGGUUUGGACCAUCUGUCACGUGAAACUUAGGCAAAGCGCAGCAUUGGAGCAAAAGCAUUUGGACCUUCGAUCAUUGUCGUCUGCACUCCCUAACCUUUGGUUAUCACUUGUAAUAAUAAUUUAAAUGAUAAUAAUAGCUAAUGAUGGCCUAGGUCCAUGGCUUGGUCCCAGCUCCCAAGGACAAAGGAAAUCAGGUUUAUGAGUUUAUGAGAAUGAAUCCUAAUCCUAAUCAUGGUCAUAAUAAGUAGCCAUUAGAUUCAUCAGCAAAAUAUACAUAAAAUGACAAAUAAUUUCAGGUAUACUUGAAUUUAAUUUAUUAAAAAGCUAUCUGUUUCAAGGGUUCAGUAUUUAUAUUAGGUCUUAGAUGGGAUCUUUUCUAAGGUGUGCCAAUGAAUCUUUGCUCCUUAGAAGCAAACUAUGUAAUCGAUAGUCACUAUGUUUACAAAUGUAAUAUUUUGUAAAAGAAGUGAAGAUCACUUUUUUUUAAUAGCUCAUAGAUGUUAUAACUAACUGAUGUACAUUUGGUGUUCAGUACCUCUUGUUACAAGUUGCCUCUCUUGUUAAUCUGUCCUAUUUGAUUUCACCAUACCCUCUUAGCCUCCUCCAAUAUACACAAGUAAUACCUGUAUGGAAAGGAAAAGUGAAAUUCCCUGAUAAUUCAUUCAUUUUUUCUCUAACUUACAAGCAACUUCCAGCAAACUCUUCACUGCAAGGGUUGUUGUGAUUGGAUGUAUUUAUUCACAGAUUUAACUAUAUUCUAAAAAUUGCAUAAAGAUUUGUUCUAUCAUAGAUAAUUUUCCCCCAUGUUUUUCAUGUUAUAAUCUUACUUUGAGAGUACUAACUGAUUUUUUACAUUGUAAUGGGCUCUGUCACAGUAUUUAUAGUCCUAUUUUUUCAAUGUACAGGAUUUCUAAAUAUAAAGUUAAGGAAACUUCAAAAUAUUAAUAAUUUUCUUAAAAUGGAAAAACAAUAAAGAAGUAUAGUAAACCAUAAAAGAUUAAGGAUCUUGGUUCAAGAGAGAGAUUAAGUGGAUUACAUAAACCUUAAACAACACUAAAUUUUUCAAGAUGCAGAAACAGUGACAUAAUUCAGGACUAUAAGAACCAGAAGAAAAAGUUAAGAAUGAAAAAUAAUAUUUUUUUGUGUUUGGCGGCAAACUAAGCUUUCCAUGAAGCUUUACUUUUUUAUUGCAAGGUAUGAUGUAAUAUCCAUCUUGUGUCAUUGCAACACACUAAUAAAAAUAGUAACCCCAUUUUUUUUCCGGUGUGUUGGCUGGAAUGUUUCUUUGUUUUCUUUUUCCCUUGUAUCUUUAUUGUAUUUCGUAUCAGCUUUAUCUAGGAAAUAGUUAAAUUAGGCAGGGAUAAUUAACUCCUUGAGCCCAAAUGGGCUCUGAGUCAAUAGUCCAUGAGGCUGAAGGUCAAAUGGGCUAUUGACUCAGAGGCCAUCAGGGUGAGAGGUAUAAUUGUUUUAGUUAAAUCCAUUGUCACCAUUGUUUUGGUCUCAAAGCCGGCACUUUUCACUACUAGUGGGCUAUAACAUGUAGCCUAGUAGUAGCUCAACCAAUUAGAGUGCAGCAUUGAUAAUAGACCACUAGCUGGAUUUUACUAAUUAUUAAUAGCAAUAAAUACAUAUAUUUUUCUUUACUGGAAUUUGCGCCCAUCAAGUGUGAACUAAACAUAUUUUUCUUUUCAAUGGGGCAUCUCCUCUGCAGCCAGAGGACAUGAGAAGGACACUAACUGACAAGAAAGGAGACACCAGUGCUGUAAGUACUUGACUUGAUUGUAAACCUAUUUAUUUAUUUAUUUAUUUAUUUACAAUUUUAUUAUUUUAUUUUGCCAAGUAAGAAAAUGAGCCACUGUGUCAAAUUUGUAGUUUGCUUAAAAUUACAUUAUAUAGUUAUAUAGAAACUCUAGGCUAGAUUUUGAAUUGAAGUGGCUUUCAACAGUAACUUUCUUCUGCAAUUUGAAUUCCCCAAAAAAUUUCACGUGGCUGAACAGAGUACAGUAGCCCUAUAGCAACUCCACUAGCCUCAGGCUAUCGAACACUACUUUCUUUGCACACAAUGAUAACUGCUUUCAAAUUAGCACUAUUCUACAUGUAGCUUAUUGGUGAAAACCACCUUUACAUGGGUCCUAAAAUGACUGAUUUGAAUAUUCUUUGUUGUAUUAAUGCAAAAAUUAUAGUACUUUUAUUUGAGUCGAUAAAAUUACUUGACACUUUGUUUUGUCUGUUGUUCAAAAAAUAAAUAAAUAUUAUUGGUAAUUGUUAAGCCUUUGAUCUGUAUGUCCUAAGCCUUUAUCAGUGAAGGCUUAUACAGCGGUUUUUAACUAAUGUAACAAUACAGUAAUUGUUUUGAAAAUAAUAGAAGUGAAAAUUCAAUGAAUAAAUUAAUGGAUUGAAUCCUUUUCUUGUGCAGAUUGUUAACAGUCUGAAACAGAAACUCCAUGCAGUGGAGCGAACUGUUAAGGACAAGGAAACUGAACUAAGGUAGAGGCACGCAAAUCAUCAUCUUUAUAAAUAUUUUCUAACAAUAACUAGGGACCCUUUAUUUGCCCUUAGCGGUAGUUAUAGCACAAUAAAAGCUGAUGCAUGGAAGCAAGCAAGAAGCUGAAAGAAAGAAAGUUGAAAAGAGUGUGAGAAUUCCUUUUGGCAGGAGGCAAACUUGUUGACUAUUCACAAGCUUAGUGUAGAGUGAAACAGGGUGACUGCUUGUACUUGAUCGAGGCGACUGGCCAAUGGAGUUUGAAUUUACAGUUAAUAUGGAGAGAAAAUUCUGGGAAUUUGUUAAGUGGCCAUCGAAUAGAUCGAGGGCUGCUUAAGAUGGCUCGACCGUAUUCUUCAGUCACAAAACCUCCUGUCUUUGAACACAAAAUUCAAACGUUCCUCAAACAAAACAGAAAAUAUACUUGAACAGCUGUAGGGUAUAGAUUGGGGUUUCCAAAAAAGUCAGUUUUUUGUUGCAAAUUCAGUGUACAUCCAUGGCAACACGCUGAUGCCAUUACUAUUUUUGCAUUUCCUCAAUUUGUGAGAAGUCCAGACUGAAACUGUUCAUAGGAUUUAUUGUAGUUCAUACAUGUAUAACUGGUGUUUACUUGAAAGACCGUUUGAAACACUGAAACGAAUCAUAAACAGGGCUUUUCGCGAAACGUUUAAAUGUGUAGUAUCGGUAAGAACUGAACUGCUUUAUAGCAAUUGACUCUGAGAACAAAAAGAGGAAUUAACAUGCCGGAAUUUAUCAUCAGUGUUUAUCUUAAUCAACAGUAAACUGAAGAAAGACAUGAAAAUGACGAACAUUGAAGAGCUGCAAAUACAGAGUGAGACUUACUAUCAAGAGGUAAUGUAUUCAGUUCUAAUAAAUCAUAACGUGCAGCCAUCGCUUUAAGUUCCCUCUCUUGUGAAUCGAAACAGAAAGUUUGACUGUUUUAAGCGAGAAAACUAUAAAAAAGUAAACGAAAAGUUCACUUUUUACCCAAUCUCAAGAUCAAGUUUUUGAUAAUAAAAAGAAGGCAAAUCUCGAAAGUGUAUGAUAACAAGAAUAAAAGAAACUGUUAGUAACCACAGCUAGGUUCUUUGUUUGGUUUCACGAAAUGGUCACAUAUUUACAUCUUUUCUAGUCUUCAAGUUUUUAACCUUUUAUUGCCGUAUGCUCUUUAUUUUAAAAGCUGACGCUGCUUUUUUCUUUUCUGAACUCAUUCUGUACAGUUUUCUAAACUUCUAAAUUUGUUCAUUUUUCACCUUUUGUUUGCCUUGCAGGUUCAAAGAUUACAACUGGCUCUUUUGGAAAUGCAGCAAGCACAGGUUCAUGACCCUCCUGGAGGCUGGAGGUAUACACACACUCAUUAAUAUACAUUUCAGUGUUUAUUAAGCUUUGUCAGACUUUGCAGGGACACCAACAACAGCUUGCGCCAAUUUCUGCGACCCCCAGCUACUUUCUUAGGAAACACAAAGAACAUAAACUAAAAGAAUUUCCUCGUUGUUCAGUUCCCCGCCCACUUAUUACCUAAGCUCGGUAACUUGAAAUCUACCCUGCGUGCAGAGGUUUCUCUGUUUCAUGGCUUUUCGCAUUUACGAAGUCGUUCACUUCGCUUGUCAGUCUCGAAGCUGGUUUGUUUACGCCCCGAAGCCACUGACAAGCCAUGCGAACGACUUAAAAAAUGCUAAAAGCCAUGUCAGAAAGAAACCCCUGCUCGCCGGGUACCCAAAAUCAAAUGCUGUGGCAAAGCGUCUUUGUUGCAAUGGUCAUCUCACGAGAUUUAUUGUACAGACUUCAAUUGUUGUUUCUGAACCACGCGUUGAUAUUUGAGGGCAUUUUUUCAGCUCUCCAAGAAGUAGUCCCUCAUCAAGAAGAUCGAAAGAAAAGCCUUCAACUUUAACUCUUCAGCGACUAUCAGGUAUGAAAAAUGAUAUUGUUUAAAAUUCACCAAUUUUACAUACAGCUAUUUCGAGAAAGGUUGUCAGAAAAAAUGUGCACGCGACAAUCCUGAAACUGAGGUAUUAUGGGAUAUGAUCAAUACACUGUUCCUGAACUGUAGCUGUCGAACAUACUUUUGUUUCUUUCUCUAGCACUCGCAAACAUACCUCCACGGUUGCUCGUGCCAUUCUUUCAAAUUUUUGAACUCAAAAUCCCCCACAAUACCUUUCGGAAUUGUCGCGCGCACUUUGUCCGACAACCUUUCUCGAAAUAGCUGUAUAAUUUUGAAAACCAACCAUGUUGCGCACAUUUGUGACGCAUAGUGAAUGUCGCCUAGCCCGUUGUAGGCGUCCCCUCGCUGUUUUUCCUGCUCACAUCUUUUCGUACCGCUCCCACAAUCUGAACACAUGGAACAGGCUAAAUAGGGAGUUAAGCAGCGACGUUUUUGAGCGACGCACGUCUCCCGGAAGUGAGCCUUUUUCUCUUUUAAAUAUACCUUGACGCUACCAAAUUUGUAUUUCUUAGAGUCUUCACUCUUAAAGAGACGAUUUGUCCGAGAAUUUGUUCGAAGUCACGGCUUACAAGUCACAAACUCCACUUCUGGUUGACCUGCAUCGCUCAAAAAUUACGUCAGUUGGUUAAACUCCCUAAUGUCGCCUUAAAACUCUAACAGACUGUUCUACAGAAUGCUAGUCUAACCCGCCUUGACUCUUGUUGACUCUCCAUGGGCUCCUGGGGUCAAAACAUUUACAAGUGUAAUCACUGUUUCAGAGUCUGAGACAGAAGCCACACUGGUAAACUACACUUGUAAAAUUUUUUAAUGUAGGGUUUUUACCGAAAAACAUUGCUACUUCAUUAUUAAGAUAGGAUGCAAAUUUUUACUUUCAUUUGCAAAAUUACUUGAGUCAACAUGUCCCAUUAGAGACUAGGAGUAAUGUCUUGAUUUUCUUAAACAGUGGAGUAGAGUGAGCAGCGAAAAGCGCUUCCCGUGUUGAGUUCAAAGAGAUUAAGGAACACUGGUCAGUAACGUUUCAGAACCGAUGGACAUCGUCUCCUCGUGACUGAAACCUUGCUGAGUAGCCGUCAAGGGUCGCCAGUUGUUAGCAGAGGUCUCUUUUCCCUGAUUUCCAAGGGAGAGGAGGCCUCAGAGAAAUGACAACACUGACAAGUUGCUAGAAGUUUCGUAUGUUCGAAUAAAAAGACACCUUUUCCGUACUUAUGAGCACGUGAAUUCUGAAUGUGAUGUGUGCUUUGUUUUUGUUCAUUCUUUAGAGGAAAAUGACCAUUUGAAAGCGGAAAAUCGCAGUCUCAAGAAAGAUUUGCUGGCAGCAAUAGAAAAUUCGUCUACUGGAGAAAAGAAAGUGGCUUUGAAAAGUCAGUAGAGUCUUGCUAAAUUUUGUUGUCGACUUUUGCUUAAUAUUUGUUUGAAUUUUGGCACUUGUAUGUUUCGCUGAAGCUUUUAAAUUGAUGCAAAAUGUUAUUGAGUACAGUAUUUUGAUCCCAAACACUAAUAUGCAAAUUGUUGGUACUUGUGAUUUCAGCCGAGUAUGCAGAUAUGAACCGAGGGCAACUUCUGGCUAAAAUUCACGAACUAGAGGAAGUAAGUUAUGUGAUACUUUAAUAUAGGUUUUAUCCUUAUUUUUGUUAUUUCAAAUUUUGCAGACACUGUCGACCAUUUUAAUGUCGAAUGUUAGACCAGGUGUCCAGUAGAGUGCUUGCACUUUAACAGAAAAAAAAUGUCACUUUGUAAAUGUACUGGCCGUUCUGUUACUGGACUUUCUAAAAGUCCUUUAUGUUUUUUCCUUAUAGCUUGUUCAGUCCAUAUUGGUAAACGCAGGUUGAAUAUGCCAUUUUAAAGGACUUUUCAUACCUGUUUGGCGCGAAAUUCACCGGUCGAAAAUUCUACCAGUGAGAUCGUGACAAUUGACCAUGAAAUAUCACCAGUGAGUGAUAUUUCAUGCCCCUCCCGACACAGCAUCUGUCAAUCCUUUUUUCCCGCGUGAAUUUAUAAUAUGAUUCAAAUCCAUUCAGGCGAAACAAGUCGACCUCGACACUUCGUCGCGCUCGCUCGGUCGCUGCGCGACCUCAUGGAUUGAAGCUUGCUUCGCUCACUUUUAAGAACUUAUGAGAUGUCGACUUGUAGCAAGUCUAUUCUAUUACCUAUUUUAGUGGAGGUUAUUUUUACUGUUGUUAUUUGCAGACAUUACGGAUUAGUUCUAUAUUAACGGAUGCGCAAAUAACAAAUGCAUACGUUUAACGAAGACAGAUAUUGUGCCUUUCUUGUCAUGGCUAUACAAAACACCCAGAAGAGCACUUGUCCUUUACACGAAAUAGAGUUACUUUGAGAAUGUCGUAGCUUUGUGAAAUCUAUCCGCCGAUGGCAGUUACGCUGCUCAGGAAUCAAAAGGGCUGUGUGACAGCUGUCUCGCUCAUUUUGUUAAUCUUGCCAAUUACGCUUUCUUAUGCGCUAUCAUGGAACUUAACGUUAACGAAGAAAUUACUAGCUUAAUAGCGUAAUAAUAGCGUUUUUCCUCGUCUCCUCCUUUCUUUUUAUGUGUGCAUUUGUGCUAUUUAAAGCUGAUGUCACGUAGCAAAAAUAAGCUUUGAAAAACUGCUUGGCUAACAAGUUUUUAAAAACUCACAAUUUCGAUCCGACCCGUUUCAUUGUUCUUCAAGUUUGUCUAUCUGUGCCUUCUCUUUUCUAUUUGCUGUGUUAUUUACACCUUGUUUUAAUGUCUUGAGCUGUUAUUUUUAUGAUUCGCUCAAUUUGGCGCCAGUUCUUACUACUUGAAUUUUAAUAAAAUUCGUGACACAGCUCCUUUAAGGUACCGGAAAACGGGCAACAAAAAACGUGUAACUUGUCUUGCAAUAUUGCUGCACAACGAGUUGAAUAGCGAUGUUGCGCAUUUUAUCACCCACCUUCAAACCUGUUAAUAACCUGAUUUGUUGCAGGACAGGUUUGAUGUGGGUGGUAAAACGCGCAACGUCCUUUAUAUUCAACUCGUUUUGCAGCAAUGUUGAAAAACAAGUUGAACGUUUUUUGUUGCCCGUUUUUCCGUAACUUUACCUCGACGAGCGAUUAGAAUCGCGGUUCUUAUAUUGUUCUUCACUUAAGUAAAGUAUCAUUUAAUCCUACUUCAGUGCAGGAUUUAGAUUCAAAUUAGCGGGGUAAAUUUACAGUGUAAAUAAGGCCUUAGUUUGGUCUAGAUUCAUUAGAUUCGUUCAUUGCUGGUUUGCAGAAACUGCAGGACUCCGGCGGAAAGAAAAUACUGCCUCGCAAGGGAUCCUUACCCGAGGAAAAACAAACUGACUUGGAAGUGAGAAGAAAAAGUAUUUCAAAAUCUGCUGAAGGUAUAAUUUAAUUUUAUCAAGAAAAUUGCAUUUUCAGAAGAGAGAAGCAUCAGUGACUUGUUAAAUUUUGCCUUCGUGAAUGAUGUUUUCUUUUUUCUUUUGACAGUUAGGGACUGGUCAAAAAGUACAGGGGGGGUGGGCCGGAGCAGAGAGGGGGUGGGUCAUGAGGUUUUGAGCCUUGUGCAAGGGGUGGGUCGUGCAAUUUUAAGCUAUCCUUAGGGGGUGGGUCACCCUAUUUUAUUACAUAGAUAAGCACUAACCACUAACGAGACAGUUGACCACACUUGUUAUAUAAAACACAGCCAGCUGGAAUUAAAUUGCUAAAAUACUCACAAACCUGUUGUGUGAGAAAAAUGCAACGGGUGACAGGCCGCACAUCCCGUGAACCCUUUGUUAACCUUUUUUUUUUUGCUCUAACGAGCAUGUCCUUUAAUGAUUUUCCUUUUUUGUAAGGAAAUGAUUGGUGGUUCUUUAAAAAUUUAUUAAAGUUAUGGCUGGUUUUGUAUAAGAUUCCAUUUUUAUUAUUCAAGCUUCCUUUAAAGUAGACACUGAGGGCUGGUAUUGUGUCACAAAUGGCAAUAUUUCUUUUUCCUCCUUGUAUGUUUUGUUUUAGGAGUUUAGACUCGUUUUUGUAAAUUUUAUUUCUGAUAGUAGGUCUUCUAUCAAAGUUUGUGGGUAGCCUCCGUCCAUCAAGCGUUUUUUUUUUUNUCUUGAAUCUUGUGCCUUUGUAUACGACCGUGUCUAAAAAUGCUGCAUCUCAGUGUCAAAUGUUUCGGCCAUGAAUUUAAUAGUUGGGUGAUGUAAGUUUGCUUGUUCAAUGCAGGCUUCGAUGUCAGGUUUACUCAUGUCCCAUAGGGAGAAGAUAUCGUGUAUGUAGCAUUUCCAAACUGUUGUUCUAAAGACAGUUUUGCUUAGAGUUGUUGUUUCAAUAUAUGUCAUGAAAAUAUUGGCAAAGGAAUCAAAACUGCUGUCUUUGUGCCCAUUACAGUUCCAUGGUUUUGUAGGUAGUGCUUUCCAUUGAAGUGGAAGAAAUUUUCUUUGAGGAUUAAUCUAAGAAUUUCCGGCAAGUAAUGUGUAGGAAUGGGUCGUCUUUAUAGAAAUUUUCAUAUGCUUUGUGACAGACAAUUUCAAUAUGCCCUUGUUUUGCUGUAUAUUUGUGUCAAGACUCAUAACGUCCAUGGAAACAAGAAAUGUUCUGUUUUUCACAUUUGUCUUUUCAGUAAAAGGUAUGAUUUCUGUGAUUUUGAUAUUGGUUGUAGCAGUGUAUCAACAAAUUUUGUCAAGCACAGAACAAGGUUAGGCCAUCCUUUUUUUCUCCGUUUACCGUCGUCCGACCGACCCAAAUUUUUGGCAUUUUUAAAAAAAAGGUAACGACGUAGUUACACCAUUUUUCACUUGAAAUAAUUCUUUUAAUCUGAAAAAUGAGCAUCAUAAGAGCACAGAGAAAAACAGGAACAAAAACAUGAACAUUUUUCACAGUAUAUUGUACAUUUUGUUAAUCCAAAUAUGUGAAUGUUAACUUUUAACGUCAUCCUGGGGUACCAGGGCCUACUAUUCCGAGACUUCUAGUGAUUUUUUUUUGAAGUUUUUUUUUUUCAAUCCGACCGACCGACCCAAUAUCAGGAAACGCAUUCGACGGUAAACGAAGAGAAAAAAGGGGAUUGCCUUAGAGGAAACCAAUCAUCCAUGUUUUAACUAGGGGGUGGGUCAUGCAAUUUCCAACCUUGCUUUAGGGGUGGGUCAGUCAUUUUUGUGCCGAAGGGAGGGGGUGGGUCAUGUGUUUUUUAUCAACCACAUUUCUAAAUGCUCCGGCCCACCCCCCCCUAUACUUUUUGACCAGUCCCUUAAAGCGUUAAUAGAGUGACCAAACUUUACCUUACCUUAUUCGUAUUUUAUGUUGGUAGUUCCAGGAAGGAUCGAACUGAAGGGAACCACAUCUCAGAAACUCGCCCAGCUUCAAGAAAGAGAAAUAGAACUUCUAGAAGAAAGAGAGAAACAGCGCAAAGUGAUUGAGCAACUGAAAGAAGAUCGCGCACAUUACAGAUCAGUCGCAGAUGACCUCAGGUAAAAUAAAGAUUGCCAUACACCUUAUCCAGAAAUGGUACUUUUCUUUUAUGUUUAUGUUAAUUAACCCUCGUGGCUUCGAUUGUAUGUUCGGAAUUCAAGAGAACUUCUUCCUUGAAACGAGACUACCUAAAUUGGCCACCACUUUGAAAUGAGGUGUAUUUGUCUUGAUUGAUCUUGUCAAGUGAAAUAUUAUGCAGUUUUGGUAAACUUGAGGUUUUUCAACACUGUGAACUCAAACGGUUUGUUUAACCGAAUUUGAGCCGUUUGUGGGGGAGUAAAAUGCAGUACCUUUGAUAGAUUCUGAUUUAGCUAUCUAAAUAAAAGGCACAAGGGGCCCCGAUGUGAGGUAAAGUAGUUUUUAAAAAGGCUGUUUUGGUCCAGAUUGUGCUGAAGUGGUUACACAAGAGGUUGAAUAGGUCAUUUUCGAGUUCCAAGAAUUCUUACUUUCAAAACGAGGCUAAUGAAUUUUAGUAAAAUCCAACUAGUGGCCUAUUAUCAAUGCUGCGUUCUGACUGGUUGAGCAGCGAAAAGCGCCGGCUUUUUGGCGGCAAAAAAGGAUCAAAGUCUAGCUUUAACUAGCUAAAAUUGUUUUGUCUCGAUAUUUUUUGACCAACUAGUUGAAUUUUAUGUUACUAAAACAGUUAUUCCUCUCGCCCUCAUGGGCUCUGAGUCAAUAGCCCAUGAAGCCGAUAUUUGCAUGAGAAUAAACAAUCAUUUCCAUAUCGAUGGCUUCGCACUUAGCCUCGCUUUGAAACAGAGACUUGAGGCCACUCAGAAAUGGUCUAUUGGACUGAUGGGAGUGAAUUUAGUUUUUUAAUUUGUCCACCGUGGUUAUCUAGGGACAAGGAGAUUGCUAACCUAGAGUGGAUUCCAAGAAGAUUUGUUUUAUUACAUGCUACACAUUUUCCAAGAUACAGACAUGCAUGUGAAUGGAAUUUAUUCGUUGUUUGAAAUCAUGGACCUUCCAACAAGUUUACAUUUGAAUUUGACUAAAGUUGGUGAUCGGCGAUGGUAAACAGUUUAAUGACAAACUAUUUCUAUAGAAGCAGUAGCUUUCCGCGACUGUGUUGAUUCGUUUGUAGAGACGGGCCUAUACUUGGUUAUAAGGAUUGUUAAUCUACUGUACUAACUACAAUAAACGAUUAGGUUGCAAUUGAAAUCUACUCAAGAUGAGCUAGUCAUAUUAAAAGGCGAGAAGGCUGCUGUAGGAGAAAGAAGAAGAUCUUCCGCUAGUUUAUCCAGGUGAGGUCUAUUAACACUGCUAGCGAGCUUAUGAAACCUCGUCAGAUUUUUGAAUGUCGAAAGAGAUUCCUUUCGCUCGACUUGUACAAAAACUUAAUACAAACAGUUUUUCGUUGAAAUUGUUAGUACAUGAGUUUUACGCAUUUGUGGAUGAGUUUCGUGAAGUCAAGUUUAUUGCGUUGCAAAAAAAGUGUUUGAAAGUGACCUUUUAAUACAGCAAGGCAGCAGUAUUUUUGCGUUGGUGGGCACUAAAUGCGAGAACUCGUCAAACAGAAACGUCUGAAGGUGUAAAUAGUAUUAGACUGCGGAGAAGGAGGGAGAGAAACUUGUUCUUUUGCAGCGCAAUAAUCUUUGUAUUGGUUUGGUACGUUUAGCCCAAGGAAGCUAUCCCUUAAGGAUACAUCUUCACCAGACAAUAACGAUGACGACUUGGAUCGAAUGUUGAAGGAGUUUCAACAACAGCGAGCUGCUAAGACGCUACAAAGACAGUGGCGUGGUUACCAAGGGAAGAAGCAACAGCAGGCAAUACAAGAGGAAGAACAGAAGAGAAACGGCGCUGCCGUGACGCUUCAGAAAAACUGGCGCAGACACAGAGAUAGGGUAAGUGCUAAACCAAAAGAUGUUUCCCUGUCCUUUAUUCUUGUUAGAUCUCUUCAUUGUAGAUGAAGCUUUCAAGUUUCAAUGAAACCUCUUCUUUCAGAUGGUUGCCUUGUUACCUCAAAUUCCAAACUUCAUACAAUCCACACCUCUUUGACACACACAUAUCUUUGCUGUGGACUCUUAGCUUUUUCCCUUUCGUGUCCUCGUUAAGAAGGUUUGUACUAUAACUGAGUGAUUUCUCGCGUGCCCAUGAGUUUUAGUCUUUUGGAGUUUAGAGCAUGAAGGUAUUGUAAUGAUGCUGCUGUUUGUUUUUCAAAUAUUCGCAAUGGAACCACUCGCCUGCGGCUCGUGUUGCCACUCGAAUUUCGAAUUUUUUGACGUGUUUUCCACAGUCGAAGAGGUUUAACAAAGGAAAAAUGUUGUUUGCAGUAUUUGUUUAUUACAUGUAUCCUCAUUUUCAAAGCGAAUCCUAGAUUUCUUUUCUUUCCUUUGAAAAUGACUUUUCAUUCACACCAAAAUAAACUAGUCAGCAUUUGAUAUGAAUUAUUGCACGCUAGGCCUUGCUGUGAGCCUCAGCGCAACUUAUCCCAGGGUAUCAAGUGUCUUUUACCCUUGCACUUCAAGAUAUUUCGGGCUGGUCCGACACAUCUUCAGCCGAAGGCCGAAGUAACAAGUGGCAGGGGAUUUUCACGGCAAACGUUGGGAGGGCUUUAGAUGAUCACGUGAUUCCAAGACCUCUAGGGUGCCCCUUAUCGUUUGAAGUUGUUCACGCAACUUCCCCUUUUUACUGCCCUAUAGAUCCGAACGUCUACUUAGUUAGAAAAUGUUUAGAAACUGUUAUAUAAUAAGUAUUAAUUUUGGGCAACAUGAAUUUCUUUCACCUAAAAAUAUUCCACAGUUAUUUAUUUUUUUUACAAACUUGCCCUGAAAAAAUAUAAACAUUUAUUGAACUGGAAUUUUCAUUGCAGACCAAGCAACAAGAAGAAGAAGCCAAGGAAGAGGUAAUGUUUAAAUUCAUGCCAUCGUUUCAGGGGUCUAUGUGCAGGUUCUUGUAGGGUAAGGACAGGCUUUUGUGGCAGAGUGGAUUUUGUGGUGGGAGAUUUGGGAGUGCUACCGUCACGUUAAGCCUUCAUCAACGCCCUUUCACCGGUCCCCAAAGUACGUUUUCGCAGGCUACAAAGUACAAGACUUCUCUAUGAUCUUCCCAACCAUAGCAAAUCUUGAGACCUGUUAAGUUUCUUGUAUACAACAAUUUUCUCCUCUAACUGGAAUCAUGUUAACGAGUAGAUAACCUAAAGGUAAACUGAGAUGCACUGGUUUUAUUAUGAAAGCCUCACCGGGAUCAGGUAAACUAAAACAUACGCAAAAGACAUAGACACGACACUGAUAGAAUCUAAACAGAUCGGGGUCGUAGCCGUUGACAGCUGUUUGGCAAAUUUUGUGGUUCAUCAGAACGGCGUAACAAAAAGGAAAGCUCUGCUGAAGAAGUACCUUUACACGCUGUUUAAAGCCCUAACAUUGGACUGUCACACCUGCCGAAUCACGCCAUGUAUGUUCCGUUUUAACACCACGAAAACCCCGCGAAAACACUUUUAAAAUGUAAAGUUCUUUGUAUUCUAACAUUUUGCCAUUCAUUUGUAGGCGAUUAAAGAGAUCCAGGCCGCCUUGCGAGGUCAGGCCGUUCGUAGCAAGUACAUUGAGGAAAUUAACAAGGAUUUCACAGACCGCGAUGACGCUAUUGUCACUAUCCAAUCAGCAAUGAGAGCGCACUCUGCGAGAAUGAAGCAUCUGGGAGAGGAACCUGGGCAUGAGCUGGAGGCACGUGAAACGAGAACAAGAGGAAGGUAUAGUAGUUAAAAUGGCCACAAAAUUGCUUCGGAUUAUGUUUUAGAGAAGGCACUUUUUCCUGGCAGCAUUUGUGGUAAGAUGUACGCCUGUGUCUUUUUUUGUUGGGUUCUGGAAACCCAGUAAAGACACUGGCGUACCUCAUUAAGGAGCAUGUCAUCCCAACGGGGCAAAAAGUCGACCAAGUUUUCCUGCCGCUUGUGCUAAAAAGGAACUGAUAUAACUCUUUGCGAACUUCUCUUGUUUUCUUUUCAGUUCCAGUCACCUGUCGCUUGGUUCGGAACCUGACUCUGAUGAUGGCCUGGUAACUAGCUCGUCAAGUAGUAGGAGACACCCAGGACCUGCUCUAACAAACGCAAGGAGACACAGUUUGUCAGGUUAGAACAUGCUGUAUAGACCAUAUUAUUGUAAUAUUUUUACCUAGGUCGCGCACUGCAAAAACGUUUUAUCCUGAUGCUUACUUAGUUACUUGAUUGGAAGCUUUUAGUUGUAUUAACAGAUAUAAAAGAAAUCAUUUCGUUCUAAACUGCUUACAACUUUUAUUUGUGUGUUUGCAUGCAAAAGAGCUGUGUUUGUGGUAAAGAUGUAAAAUGAAUAAUGUUAGUUUAAGUCGUGCUGCACGCGAGAAUGAAUUAGGUGUGAAGGUAGAGCAAGAUUGCUGUAGUUUCUUUCACAGUCUUUGUUAUGCUUUGAAACACAGCCAUGCUUUCUCUUCUCAUUCUUAGUGAAAGUUUCGCUUUACCAAAAAGCUAUUUGUUACGUUGACAAUCACAUGCAUAUUAACGUUCGUGGCUAUACCAAAAUUGUCAGUCAAUAACCGGUAUUUUGUUAUAUUAUAAUGUAAAAGAUCCACAGUCGUCAACCAAACCCGUGGGAAAAACACUUGAACCUGAUAGAGCUGUACAUGUUGAGGAAUUUGCACUCAAAGACGCUGCACGAGAUAAAAGACUUGCACCAGCACCACUUGCACGUGAUCAGGCACCUCUUUCUACUCCUAAUCAGAAACAUAACGCACGUGACGAGACACGUGAUUCUUCGCCACGUGCGCGACACGAGACAACCGCUGUUACUCUUAGUAAAAAAGUUCCACGUGAUCAAGUUGCUGAUAUAUCAGCACUCUCGCACGAUGAAGUCCUUCUAGGUAAUGAGGCACAUGCAGAAGAUAAAAAACUUGCAGGUGGUCUUGACCGUGAUUCGUCCACACUUGCACGUGAUCAGUCAGAAUCUGAUUCAGAUGAUGACGCAGUAGUUAUUGGACAAUCAGCUAGAACAGGCAACCGAGAAAAAGAAAAGGCUUAUUUGAACUCGGAUGCCUCUGUUGAAAGCAAUCAAAGAACUUUAGCUGUUAAUAAAAAGGAUGUGAUUGCAGAGAAGACGAGAGCAUACCGCGGAAAGAAACACGCCGCUGAAGAGGCAACGAAGAGUGAAACUGGAGAUAGCAACGAAAAAAACAGUAAAACAGAGGGUAUGUUUAAUCAGUGGAAGAUUGCAGCAUGAAGACCAAUCACCGCCAACAUUUAACACUGAUCAGUAACCAACUUAUGGAAAGCGAAUCAGUCUAACAAACUUCCCUCUUAAUAUUCUUCAGCAUAUGAACUUGGCAGAGUUCUUUCUUCUAACGAGAAACAAAUACUAACAAUUGUGCACAUCUUCUUUCUUUGCUUUUUCAAACAAAAAUCUUUAUUAGUUGGGCAUGAUUAUUAAAGCAGAAACCUCUUUCUCAUCUUUCUUUGUUUUUAUCUUUUUCCGUAUUCCAUUUCAUUCUAGUAUCUUGGUAACUUAGUUUAAAUUCAUGUUAUGUUGUGUGUAAUACAUUGUAAGGAACAAUAAGUUUGGAGUGGGAGCUCUAGUUUUUAGACCAAGUCCGUUUACACGAGAUAAGGACUUGUUACGGGUACCCCCUGCCGGCCCUUCCAAUUUUGGCUACAGAAUAAUUUUUCUUUUUUGAGGGGGGGGGGGCCGCUGGAAAGUCACGUUUUUGGGGGGGAGGGGCGUAACCCGUCCUCAGCCACUAUAGUACUCAAACGUUUGUUGUAGUGCAAACUGGUCUUUUCAGUGUUUCACCUUUUUUUCUUCCCCCAGGGUCUAGGCGUGUUAUCUCAGCUCCAAGGUUUUCAAACAUUUCUGAACAUAGCGAGGAUGAAGACUCCAGACUGAAUGAAAACCGAUAUGGUAGGACGCGAAACGAGUCAGCGCACGAUGUAACUGAACAACAACGGAAGAAAAAAGGCUUCGAGAUAGUUGACAGUGAUGAUGAUGAUGACGAUGCGGUUGUUACAGGGCCGAGACGAUCACUGGAUACAGGCCUGAACCGACAACGGCCUUCUCUUUCACGAUCAAACCGAGAUAUCACCCUGUCGGGUCCGAGCAAGGAAAACGGGCCUGGGUUAUCCCGAUCAUCCCGAGGGAUAAACCCACCUCUUACGAGCGAGGACAACUUUAAAACUGUCGAAAGCAGGCCUGGGUUGUCCCGAUCAUCCCGAGGGAUAAGCCCACCUCCUACGAAUGAAGACAGCGUCAAAACUGCCGAAAGCAGGCCCGGGUUGACCCGAUCAUCCCGAGGGAUCAGCCGUCCUGCUUCGAGUGACGACAGGACAAGAACAUUCGAAAGUAGGCCUGGUCUUUCGCGAGCGUCAGGUCACUUGUCAGUUAAUAGAGAUUUCGAAGAUUCUGAAAAAGAACAAGAGGAAAACGCUUCCAGACCAGGACUUUCCUCAUCAAAGAGGCCAUUAAGUGGAAAAAAAACCAGUUUAACUCGGAGUGGGAGCCGUGACAAGGACAAGGACAGCCCAAGAGCUUCAGCUUCAGGACGGUCUAGGAUGAUUACGGGCUCAGAAGAAGAUAGCGGUGAAGAUGACGUAAUCAUGACUGGAAAAAAGACCAAAAAUGUUAGUGGUGAUGGGAAGAAAGGCGGCCGUCCCAGUCUCACUCGGAGAUCAUCUCCCAGUGCAUGUAAGGACAUGUCUUUUGAUUCAUAAGAUAACUUAAAUAGACCCACGCAGGAAUUGACUGCAGUGAAGUUUUUACAUUGAAAAUUGUAUUAUUUACAGAAAUGGCAAAUUUUCAUUUUCCAGGAGUUACAUGGAGCUCCUUUUAGGGCGUUGAAAAAUUCACUUCCAUCGGAGGUUCUUUAACCGCCCAAAGUACUACUCUUUACUCUUAAUCUCUUAACUUGACGUUAAGAUUAACCAUUUUUCAAAUUUUAGCAAUCAGACCAGUGCGAGGAGUAGCCACAGGCUUAAGCUUCUUGAGCCUCACUGUAAGAAAGAUGUGUUCAAGUUUUCUUUUUUCCUAAGGACUGCUUGAGACAGGAAUCAGCUCCUCCCUGAUAUGUCUCACAUUACGUCUCUUGCCGAAUCUAAGAAUUGCCUUAGUUCAGUAGCUAAAUAAGAAUUUCUAAAUUUGUAUAGUUAAUAUUUAUUCUAUUUUCUACAUAUUGUUGCAUGUAAUUUUUACUUUUAUAUUUUGUAAGUGGUUGGUGUGUUGACUUGCCUUACUGGCUUUUGCUUACCUACCGUAAAUGAUCGAUUAAGCGCAACGGUGCUUAUUUCAUUUUCCCUGUUAAAGGUGCGGUGCUUAUUCGAGAGCGAUUUUAUUUCAACUACGGGUGAAACACUGAGGGGAAUAUAGAGAGAACUCAGAGCUGUGCAAGAAAAAGGACAAAUAUGUAUACCUCGAACUGUCAUAUGGUCUUAUAUGAACCCGGUUUCAAGAGUUUCACUGCAUUAAAACUUUAGAACUCGCGAGUUGGUCGUGGUCUUAUUUCUCAAGCAAUAUGGUUUUAAUAUCUCUUUAUGUCAAGCGCCGUUACAAAGUUGGGGCGUGUCUUUGUAAAUACCCAUACCCAAUCAGCCGCUCGAAAAUUCGUCCGUUUUCGUGAUAAUUUAAUAGCCUUAGCCCUCAAGGGGAAGCUACACUGAAGUUGAAUUUAGUGCAGGGCCCAAUUGCUCGAAAGAUGGUUAAGUUUAACCCAAGAUUAAGCCAAAUUUUAAUUACGGUUUUCUUGUCUUCGAACAUGUAACUCAAGCUUACAAAAUACUGUUUAGCCUUCACUCUGAGAUACAAUCAUGAUAACAGAAAAUGUUAUUCCAAGCAAUGCAUAGAAGGUAAAUACAAAAAGUGGGGCAAAAUUUUAAUCCUAAGUUAGUGCUAAUCGGGCUUUCAUGAACAGGACCCAGAACUAUAAAAUUUAACGUUCUCUACAAAGAAGGUUAUGAUCCUAACUUUGAGGCUAAGAAACGUUUUUCUGUUAAUUGCAGCGUCGUCUCAGCGUGAUUCUCUAGUUAACAGCCUGGACAACUUUUUCUCUUCGACUUCUUCAAAUAAAGGAUCCAGUAGUAAAAAGUCCCCCCGGAAAACGCAGGCUAAGGUUCGCGAAAGUGAAGAUGACGAUGACGAUGAUGAUGAUGAUGACAUAGUUGUUUCCUCGCUAUCAAAACUGAAAUCCAGAAAAGGACAACAAACCAGAAAAGACUCUCGCGAUUCAGGUUGGUGUAUGAGCACUUCUGUUAUGCAGGCUCUGAACUGAUUCCUCACCCUUUUCCUUUCCUGGCAAUCUCAUGAUUGCCGUGUAUUUCAUUUUACACCGCCGUGUGUUUACAUCUUGUACCUAUGUACUGUCUUCCUUAGUCUACCUAUACCUUAAGAUAAACGGUUUCCGCCUACCGGUUUGAAUAUGGGGAACAUAAUUGUCUCGUCUGCGUACCAAUUCGGAGCCGUAUUUUCCCAAGUAUUGGCAUAUGAAAUGCCGUACCGAUAGCUUAGCCGCUUCUCCAGGGUAAGAGGCAGUCUAUAAGUAAUUUCGAAUUUGACUACGAGCAAGAGAGGAGCUUUAUCCAGGAGACGGCGUAUCUUCCUUACGUUUUCUUUAUUGCCUCUCAGAGCGAACGCAAGAAGACCCGAUGGCGAAUGCGCGUGCAAAUCAAGAGCGUCCACGCUGUAAAAGAUAAACUUUGUUUAAUCACGGGCAAAUCAUCAGCUAUUUAAAGAUCUCAGACUGUAACUACACAACCAUAACUACAACUAUGAACAACACUAUAUUAAAAAGCUGUAUUCCAGUCCGUGAAUGUCCUGCCUUAAAGAGCUUUCCAUAUAGUGAAUGAUCAUCUGGUUCCUCACCUGUAUGAUGUUUUAUUAUCCAAAUGUUUUUUGUUUAUUUGUGCUUUUCACUCUCUCUCGUGUAGUUGCUGACCUGUGGGCUACCUCAGGUAAAGGAGGUGAUUCCAGCAAGCGAAAAUCUGUAAGUGUUUCUUACAUUACUGUGAAACUCACAAAACCUUCAACACCAGAAAUAUUUAUGGAACCUUAUUGUGUUGGGAGAAAUAAGCAAAUAAGGUGCGAGAUAACUAAACCGCAAACAGCAACGGUAAUUAGUUUGUGGUUUUGAGGUUUGCUUGCGUAUCUUGAACUUUAUUGUGAUUGGCCACAACACAAUCAACAUUCCUGAAAUUUUUCAGGUGUUCACGGUUUCUGAGUUUGACAAUUACUGAAUUUUCAUGCGUUAAGCUUCUGUUUGGAGCUCAUCUCUAGUGUACGAUAUCAGGUUCUCCGACUACCUUGCGUGGAAAGCCGUUUCGUUACGUGAGGUUUCUUUUACGUCUCGCAAUGUUAUUUAACAAUUCUUCCUCGAGCCCGAAUGGGCUCUGAGUCAAUAGCUAUUGACUCAGAGGCCAUGAGGGCGAGAGGAAUAAUUGUUUUAGUAACAUCCAACAAGCUGGUCAAAAAUAUCGAGACAGAACAACUUUAGCUGGUUAAAGCUAGACUUUAAUCCUUUCUUUGCCGCCAAAAAGCCGGCGCUUUCGCUACUAGUGGGCUAUAACAUAUAGCCUAGUAGUAGCUCAACCAAUCGUAACGUAUCAUUGAUAAUAGACCACUAGUUGGAUUUUACUAAUACCAGAUAUCUCAGCCAAACAGUCUCUCCUCAAGCUUUUGCGUGGUUAAGGAACUGAGGUAAACGUGCACUGCUUUUGGUUGGUCAGCAAACACACGAAGCGGCAAAGCGAAUGAAUCGCGAGCUCAAUUGUUGUAAAUUAGGGAAUCUGAUUCUUUUAGCUAGUAGUGAGUGCAACAAAUCAUAGAAUACAGUGGAGAUGAUUUUCUGAAUCGUAUUAAAAUUACUCUAGAUUUUCUCUUAAACAGUAGUGGCUAAUUUUACCUUGCGAACGAGUACACUCGCACGCUUAACGUUUUGCCUCGUUCUGUUUUACAGAGUAUCAAGUCCUCCAAGAGAGAAACAUGGAGUACUGACUUUGAGUUUGAGAAGCCGCCCCGUCGACCAGAGUCUCAACUUGAUGAACUGUUUUGACCAUAUCCAUAUCUCGGCCUUGUCAUAACAAACACUCGCGCCCCAUGGCCUAAAAAUCGAAUGUAUAUGUCAGAAAGAAGAAGUUUGGAAAAGACUCGUAGAGAUCAGUCUAAUAUAGAGGGUGCGAGGUGCUAAAUGGGAAAAUUGUGAAAUAUACAAAACCAGGCCCGCCUGCGCUCGUUCAAACCUAGUGUCUAAUCUCCCGCAAAUGGUCCGCAAUUAAAAUGGUUUUAUAUCCCUGUCAAAAAUCACAGCAUUUCUUCUGUUCACGAAAUAUUGAAGCUGUUGUCAUAACUGUUGUUCUCGCGCAAGUGCAGUGUAACUUAUUUUCUGAUGACCUGAUUAUCAUUCUCCUCCCCGUUUUUCUUUUGGUCACUUGGUCUCGUUACAAAUGAAGCCGAGUGGUUCUGGGGAAGAGAAUGUGAUUGUCUAUCAGUGCUUGUUGACCGCGCUCGUAUUUUCGGCGCAAGUUGAUGGGGUUUUAGUAUACAAAGUACAAAACCACAGAACAGCGAACAAACCGACAAAUGAAUUUACUCACUGGGGUAAAAAAAAUGGCCACGUCGCAAGUAAAUUUGUGAAAUUGUAAGUAAAUAAACUAUUCAAAACGUUUUCAUAAGUUCCAUAUGGCUAAGCGAGAAAGACAGGUAUACACAGUCAGAAGCAUGCUUCUAACCCAGUAGCAUGAGAUAUUCGAAAAUUGUGAAAAAGUAGCAUGAGUAACACAGUAGCAUGAGUUAUUCUAAAAUUGUGAAAAAUUUUCUAUUUGUAACCUUUAAACUCAUACAUAAUAAAUGGUUGUUGUAUAUUAAGCUUAAAAGUAAGUAAAUUCUUG